AUGGCCUCGACACUUGUCGGUAUUACCGCGAAAGACGAUGACGAGGAGCUAUCGCCGUUACUGUCCGAACAGCCUACGUGCUCCCGGCGGGCUACCUACGGCUCGCAAGACGACCGAGAGAGACCCUGCAGUGACGACUCCGACGACGCCGUUCUCUACUUCGCGAGACUGGACGAAAGUCGGAUAGGGUCUCGGUUGAAGGCAACUCUGGUGCAGAUUAAGAAAGAGUCGUGGUGCGUGCCGUACUUGAUCGGGACGUUUUGGUUUUCCGCGCUCUUAGCUGUGCCAAUCACAUUCUUCCCUAAAGUGGCAUCUGAAAAAGGACUACCGCCGUGGGAAUACGGACUCGCUUUUUCAGUACGCAAAAUAUUCGGCCUGCUCGCACCAGCUGCAUCAUUAGCUAUGAUAUCCUAUCUGUCUGCAAAAUGGGGUGUCGUCAUUAGCCAGACAGCUUUUGGAAUCCAAGGAAUCUUGUUUGGGCUGUCCUGUUUGCUGGUCGACAAGGUCGUCUACCUGGGAGUCUCAUUUGUCGGUUUUAUCAUUAUGGAGUUUUCCAUGGUCUGCAUGGGCAUCUGCAUCGAGACAAUCCUUGCAUGUACCCUACACGAAGACGGAAACCUCUUUCUGGGUGCUGAGCGAAGUCUCUCGGAAUUGGGAAUGAUGCUCGGAUCAGUUGCAGCUGGAGCCCUUGUUGAUAUAUCGGGCGACUCUGUGCCUUACUACGUCUUCGGUAGUGCACUGCUGGCCGUCACGCUUCUUGUCGUCAGGAGCCGUCACGAAACAACAGAUAGCAACACUCAACCGUCGAUACGCGACCCUGACGGGAACCUCAAUACGAAUGAACAAAGCCAGGUCCGAAAGACACUUAGGGGCCUUUUUCUGAACCCUUGCUUCAUGGUGGACGUCUUCAGCCGAGCACUGUGCUGGGUUAGCGCUUCCUUCAAUUACGCGACUCUCGAGCCACACAUAGCGCAGUUGCAGGAAUCGAACGCAUCCAUCGGUGCCUCUUUCAUGGUGAACUAUUUCGCUUCCUUCAUCGCAUACGCUACAAUGUGCUCCUCAUAUUCGCGGAAGUGCUCGAUUCCUCCGUCGUUUCCUUCCUUCACCAUUCCUUCAGAUAUCGUUACCCUCAUGUAA